AUGUCUUCCUUUCCAAGCUCUGAAGAACUAACAGCUGCAUCUGCGAUGAUUCUUCUCCAUACAACACCAAGGUUUCAUUCAAGUUCCGAUUAUGGAGUUCCUGGAGAAAGAAAGAGCAUCAGUAGCAAGCUUUUCAAAGCGAGUUCCGUUACUACUGUUUCGAAUAGAUCUUCAGCUUCGUCUUCCUUUUUGGUCAUCGAUGAUUCUUCAUAUCAGAGCGAAGAGAUGAAGUCAUAUCCUGUUUCGUUCUUUUCUGCAACUCAUCGUUUUCAUCGGAUGAAGUUCAAGAUCGCGAGGAAGAUUAGGUCGAAGGUGAUGUGGUCGUCCUCUUCCUGCUCUGGCGACCGGAAAGUGAAAACAUGCACCACUACAAAAGUUUAUCCGGCAUCUGCGUCCGGAGAGGCUACGUCGUGUUUGUCAACCACCUCAAGCGCGCGAAGCUUGCGUUAUGCUAACAGAAGCAGAUGUGUGAGUGCGACAGAGACUGGAAACCAACAGAAGGCACCGCCUCCGAUGGCUAAGAACCGUGUGAAGUCUGUUGCCGGAACGCCGCACCUGCGUCGGCGAAGCGAAGCAAUAUUGAAGUUUCUCUCUCACGGCGGUUCUUCUGAAGUGAGGAUCCGUCAAAUGCUCGGGGAUAGCCCUGACACAAGCAAAGCUCUCCGAAUGUGA